CAGCGACCUCGAGUCUUACUUGACUGUUCGCUGACGUCAGCUAAGUAACGAGGGGCCCGAGGCCGUUUCCUACCACCGUUUCUCCCUAAUGUACCCUGCCGUGGCCUACGUCUAUGUUUACUUCGCGAGACGCGACUUCGAGGACAGCUUACAGAAGUGGAAUUCGAACCAUUGCCCUUUCCUUGUUGCAUGCUCGUUUGUAGAACACGUCCGCGCGUCUCUCCCUGGUCUGUGACGCGUAGUGAUUGAUUCGAAAGCUUAGUCAGGAAGAAGGUACAUGCUCCCAGCCGACAACGAGAGCCUUGCUAGCCCAGUACGAUAACGUAGCCGAGCGUCGUUUUUUUAACGUAGCCGAUAUGUUUCAGUUUUCUAAAGAGUUUAACGGCCGGCGUCGAGCACGCCAGGACCCCAUUGAUAGCAAGAAGAAGGAUCCACUGUUCAUGGCGUCGCUCGUCGCGAAGCCAUUCGACUCGGUUCGGCUGACGUGGACCGCGCGAAUCGCGCGGUUGCCGACUGUAGUGGGGAAGCGGCCAUGGUCGACGGAAGUCGUUAACACGGUUUGCACGACGGUUUUCGCCGUCAUGUGCCUGCUAGCUGUCUGGAUCUUCCUCGCGCCUGGAAGAUCGCAGAUAGAGUCGACAGUCGUCGUCUCGUCACUGGUCGAUUCUCAGCCGUCAGGUGUGACGGCCAACCUCCAGCGGCCGUCAAGCGUGACGGUGGAGGUGGAAUCGCCAGAAGACGGCGUUUUGGACGUGACGGAAGCCGCCGACCCCGACGUGAUGGAACCUGCGCAGUCGUUCACGGGCUUUGUGAACGGCCCUCACGCAAUGGAGGCGGAAGCAGCGGAAGUCAAGGUGUCUGCUCCCGUGUUCCCGCUCUGCCGAACGGAGGGUCCGGAUUUCAUCCCAUGCCUGGACAACGAGGCGGCGAUCAAGGCGCUCAAGUCGACGAGCCACUACGAGCACCGGGAGCGGCACUGCCCGGGGAGGGACGGCGUGCUGCGCUGCCUGCUGCCGCUGCCAGAGGGGUACAAGGCGCACGUGAACUGGCCUGAAUCCAGGGAUCAGAUCUGGUUCAGCAACGUGCCGCACUCGCAGCUCGCCAGCUACAAGGCGGACCAGAACUGGAUCAAGCCCGAGGGCGACCGGUUCAUAUUUCCGGGCGGCGGCACGCAGUUUAAGUACGGCGUCACUAAGUACAUCACCUGGCUGCAGGAGACCUUCCCCUACCUGACCUUCGGCAAACGCAUCCGAACCAUGUUGGAUAUGGGGUGUGGCGUGGCGAGUUUCGGCGCGUACCUAGACGCCUUCCACACGCGUGUGCUCUCAGUGGCCCCGAAGGACGAGCACGAGGCGCAGGUGCAGUUCGCCCUGGAGCGCGGCGUGCCGGCGCUGGUGGGGGUGAUGGGCACGCAGAGGCAGCCGCUCCCGGCCAAUGUGCUGGAUGCAGUUCACUGUGCUCGCUGCCGCGUGCCCUGGCAUGCUGAAGGUGGCAAGCUGCUAUUGGAGGUGAACCGGCUGCUCCGCCCAGGGGGCUAUUUCAUCUGGUCGGCCACGCCUGUGUGCAAGGAGUGCGCUGCCAAGGGGAGGGACGAUGAGGGCAUAUGGGAAGCCAUGAAUAACCUCACUAACCGAAUGUGCUGGAAGCGGGUGGGCAAGAAAGUCAGCCACGGGUUUGGCAUUGGCGUGGCCGUGUGGCAGAAGCCGACCACCAACGACUGCUAUGCCGCCCGGCCGGCCGGCGCGUUGCCGCCCAUGUGCCCACUACAGGACAACCCCGAUGCGGCGUGGUAUAUCCCCAUGCAGGCAUGCCUGCACAGGGUUCCCUCUGGGAAGGAGGAGAGGGGGGGAAGGUGGCCGGUGGAGGGGGAGGAGAGGCUAACAGCGGUGCCUGGGUGGCUGGAGAGGGGGAAGGCGGGAGGAAAUGUGGCGGGAGGAGUGGCAGGAGGGGAGGAGGGAAGAGAGGAGGGAGGGAAGGUAGGAGGAGGGGAGGGAGGAGGGGAGGAGGGGAUGGGGGUGUAUGGGCGGCCAGCAGGGAAGGAGUACAGAGACGAUGUGGGGCAUUGGGAGCGGGUGGUGCGGCACUAUGUGGAGGGGCUCGGGAUUCAGUGGGCGGGGAUCCGGAAUGUGCUUGAUAUGGACGCCCACUAUGGGGGCUUCGGUGCUGCUCUGGAGCGAGUCAAGCCCGUGUGGACAAUGAACGCAGUACCCACAACCAGCCCAGAUACCCUGCCGGUCGUAUUUGAUCGAGGCUUGCUGGGCGUGUACCACGACUGGUGCGAGGCGUUCAACACGUAUCCACGCACCUACGAUCUCGUGCAUUCGGACCACCACAUUGGCAAGGCGCUGACUGAGAAAAGGUGCGAAGCAGCAGACAUAGCAGUGGAGAUCGAUCGAAUCCUCCGCCCUUUGGGCUACUUCAUAGCACGGGAGCAUGCUCUGCACAUCCCGUUCCUGCAGGCCCUUGCCAGGGGCUUGGGGUGGGCGCAAACUGUGCUGGUGAAAGAAGGGAAGGAGGCGUUCGUCGUGUUUCAGAAGACAGUGUGGCGACCAGAGAACCAAACACAGCAGCAGCAGUAGCAGCAGCUGCAGCAUUGAUAAGGGGUCACAUUACUAGGUACCUAAAAAUGCCUCACCGGCAUUCGCUAGGGGUCUGGGUUGAAUGCAGAGAGUGCUGGUGAAAGAAGGGGAGGAGGCGUUCGUGGUGUUUCAGAAGACAAUGUGGCAGCCAGAGAACCAAACACAGCAGCAGCAGUAGCAGCAGCAGCAGCAGUAACAGUAGAAAAAAGGGGUCACAUUACUAGGUGCCUCAAAUUUCCUCUCAUCAGUAGCUAGGGGCCUGGGGUGGGCGCGGAGUGUGUUGGUGUAGUAGGGGCGGGAGGCGUUUGUGGUGUUCCAGAAACCCGUGCGGUGGCCAGAGAAGCAAAUGCAGCAGCAGCAGCAGUAGCAACAGUAACAGUAAUAAUGAGGGGUCACAUUGUCAGGUGGGUCAAAUUUCCUCUCAGCAGUUGCUAGGGGCCUGGGGUGGGUGCGGAGUGUGUUGACGGAGGGCCGGGAUAUAUUUGUGGUGUUUCAGAAGACCAUGUGUCGACCAGACAACCAAACACAGCAGCAGCAGCAUCAGUAAUAAGAGGUCACAUUACCAGAUGCCUCAAAAUGCCUCUCCAGCAGGUGCAAGGGCUUGGGUUGCUGCCAUUGGGAUGCCGUAUUCUAAUGGUUCCGAGACAAUAUGGUGUUUAUGUUCUGCUAUUGCUCCUGUUACAGGGAUACUGUAUGCUGCUAUUCUAGGUUGUAACUGUCAAACAUCUGUAUUUGUCAUGUUUGUAUAGAUUGUAUAGGGUUACCUCUUAGAGGGUACAACACUUAGGUAUAUUUGUGUGUACUCUCACUUUACCA